AAACCAAAACCCUAGAAAAAUCUCAGCUUCAACUAAGCUGGACAAGCGCGCCUGGGCCUAAAGGUCUCAACUUUGUCGCUCUGGAAAGUGGAAGCGUCGUGUUCAAGAGCUCAAUCUGUGCUCUCUGACCUUCUGAGUUCACAUCUUUCGCUUGGAGGAACUCUGAGUGUGCCCCUGAAGUUCAUGGAUCAUUUCAGAAGAAAGCUAUGGAGGAUCGGGAUGGGAUUGUCUGGAAGAAAUUUACUGGGGGAAGCUGUGUGCUGUAGAGUUUCUUCAUUUGGUCCCUGUCAUAUUUCCAAGGCUGGGUAUUCAACUGCAAGACAAAAUUUUAAUGCCGCAGGAGGUACUGUAAAUCGAAUAUUUGCUCCAUAUUGUGUAUACAAGGGGAAAGCUGCACUCUCUCUGUCCCCGGUUCUCCCUACUUUCAGUAAAUUGGAGUCUGGUGCUGGUCUUAAAGUUGAUAGACAUGGUGUCAUGAUGUUGCGAUUUUGGCCUGCUAUUGGUGAGCGCAAGUAUGAUUGGGAAAAGCGACAGCUUUUUGCUUUGUCAGCCACUGAGAUUGGAUCCCUUAUAAGUCUGGGUUCAAAAGAUUCCUGUGAAUUCUUUCAUGAUCCUUCAAUGCUGUCCAGCAAUGCUGGUCAAGUGAGGAAGAGCUUGUCAAUUAAGCCUCAUGCCGAUGGGGGUGGCUACUUUAUUUCUUUGAGUGUCACCAACAAUAUUCUGAAAACGAAUGAACGAUUUACUGUCCCUGUUACAGCAGCUGAAUUUGCCGUCAUGAAGACAGCGUGUAGUUUUGCAUUGCCUCACAUCAUGGGUUGGGACCGGUAUACCAAUAACCUGCGGCACGGAGCAGAUGAAAAUCCCUCAAAGGUGGAUAAACAACUUCUGGAUCUGGAGUGGGAUAAAUAAAUGCUCAAAUGCUGGUUUCACCUUUGCUUGAAAUACUGUGCAACUUUUUGUAAAAAUCUGUGCCGACAGUUUCUUAGCUCCUGUUCUGGGCGUCCUGCAACGUUGUAUUGAACAUGGAUCUCUCCUUGGUAUGUUUUGGAGAGUGUUCUGAUUAUAUUUGUAUGCGGUUGAAUUGACGCCCUUCCUUUUGACGGGCCACUUUUGCAAUCCGGUUAUCUGCCAUGAGCUUUCAUUUGUUCCUUUAGGAGGCUUCUC